AGAGGAUAUUGUAGAGACCUUCACGGCCAUUUUUCCAAACUUGCAGCGAAAGCACUUUAGCCUUCAACUACUCAGGUAAAAAUGGCUUCUUUUCACGAUGCACAAGGAUUCCGGGGUAACCAAGGUGAAGAGGAAGAUGUUGACAUGGUAUCCGUGGAGCCUAUCGCGAUGAUAGUGCCGUCGGAGUUGCAGGAUUCGCCCAGAACUACCGCGCCGGAGAGUAGCGCCAGUUCAAGCGUGGGCGGUGGUCCUGAGAGCCACCAGCCUUCAACUUCCAAUGAUUCGCCCACGGAAGAGAUACCUAGUGAGGCGGAGGGCGUGGAGGAGGUUGGUUGCAGCGCACCGACGACAAGUGCAGCAGCGGAGGUGGUAGUGUUCGAAGGGUGGGAGAGUAAAGUUCUCAGUGGAAGGCUGGACAACCUUCGCAAGGCUCCCAAAACCCUGCCGGCCGGCUUCAAAUUCAGGGCGGUGCUUCACCACGAGGUCGCAGAUGGCGCAGCCACGGUGAAGGGGUAUAAGAAGCUAGAGGAGAUGGUGAGGAGAUUCCAGAUCCCCAGGACCAUCCUGAUCCGAGCUGGGACACCAAAUGAACGGGCGUGUUCAGUGUCACGGACGGGCUGGGUGCCACUAUACGUAGACCAUUUUGACGCCGGUCUACGUUUUCCUUUGCCCGGACUAAUUUUUGAUGUCCUGGCAGAGUACGAGCUGGCCCUUUCGCAACUUACUCCCAACAACAUAAAGUUCAUCGUGGGCUUUAUGUUGUUGUGUGAAAGGCUGGGGAUACCUGCGAAGGCGGUGGUCUUCAGGUCGCUUUUCCUCUGCCGUUUGUGCCCAUCCAGAAGUGGGACGAGGUGGUAUUACGUUUCGGGCAGGGAGAAGAUGCUGAUCUUCACUAACAUCAGAAACAAGGUAGCAAGGUGGAAAAGACAGUUCGUGUUCGUGCGGGACACGCGGACUGACAGGAUGAACAACGAGCUCGCGGCCCGUCUGUCAGAGUGGCGUACGCCGAACACAUAUAUGAACUAUCCCCAGCUAACCAGUGGUGAUGUCGACCUGAAGAACCAGCUGCUCGACUAUGUGGCGGCGAGGGGGCUGGUGGAUUUAGAAACCUUGGUUACCCCGGAGCAGAUCGCCAUUCAUGGAUUUGUUGACGUGGCAAAUCUACACUCUCAAGGAGUCAUGAGCAGCAUCCUUGAGCGACAACGUCAGCGAGCUCAAGGCUCAAGGGGCCGGGGCGCUGGGUCUAGUUCCCAGCGCCAAUCCCGCUUUGAUGAGCGGCCAACUGCUGCACCGGGGCGCAGCUCCCAGCAUAAGGGUUCCAGCUCGUCACAUAGGUCGCGUGACGAGCAGAGGAAGGAGCCUGCGCCUUCCCUCCCCAGAAGGCGCACGAGGGAAGAGUCUGACGCGGAGGAUGACGUCCCUCUCAUCCGACGGAGGACAAAUGCUGGCUCGCAGCCUGCUCCAACCGUCACUGCGCGACCUGUUAGCGUGCCCCCAGCAUCUGCCCGGGAGGUUACUGAGGCCUCACCGAUCUCGACGUCUGUGGGGGGCCCAAGGAUCGCAUACCCGGACGGCUUCAGUUACGCCUGGACUGAGUGUCAGACCGCUAUGCUGCAGGGUAUGCAGAAUUUUGUGCCCCCUGCAGACCGGCUGCGUGCAAAGGGGCACGUCCAGCAGCAUGGAGGACAUGCUGCGCUAAUAAAGCUGAUGGAUGCGUUCAGCUACAAUGUCGCACUCUUCGAGUGCGAGCAGGGAGCCAGGGCGCAGAACAACGACCUGCAGCACAACUGCAAGCAGCUGGCGUCUGAGAAGGCCAGCCUGGCUGACGAGGUCAACCGCCUGCAGAGCUCGGAGAUGGCCAACCGAGCGGCGUCAGCUGAAAGCCGAGCUGACGAGCUGGCUCGCAAGGUCACUAAGCUGAGAGAGGAGCUCGACAGAGUUCGGGCUGAGAAGGAGAGCGGCAUUCGAGCUGCUAAGGAUGAGGCCCGCCGUGCUGAGGACCGCGCCAAAAAGGCAGAGGCUGACAGAGAGAGAACUCUGCAUGAGCUGAGCGGCCUGAGGGAGAGGGCCUCACUGGCAGAUCAGCACGUCGCCCAGGCUGAGGCGUCCUUGGAGAGGACUAAAAGAUUCCACCAGCGUGACGUCUGCUUUGCCCCGGCACAGGGGGCUGAGUGGCUGGUCGGGGCAGAGAUGUUCCAGGACGCCGUAGCUGUGGCUGCAGCCAACACCACCACUGACAUCUUCAAUGAAGUUCGUGGGAAGGUGUUGGGAGUCCGGGCAGACUUCCCCAUUGGCGAGCUGGCCUUCUUCGAGGGCGAGGAGAUCGAUGCUGACGGGAAGAGCCUCGCCCCGCCAGUUGACACCAGGGUAAAACUGAAAUGGGAGCUCAACGAGGAGGGGCUGCCCGUUUGGCCCCCUACUGUUGUUGAGGAGGGAGAGGACGCGGAGAGGUUGCCAAGCUUCGAUGCUUGGGUGGCAGACCCCCCUGACGUGCGUGCUGAGCCCUCCAGCACCCCUUCUUCUGCUCCGCCUCAGCCCGUCCCGGCCGCUGUCCCAGCUCCAGCUGUUGUCUCUCCAGUUCGGUCUCCUGCUCACUCUUCCCCAGAUCGGUCAUCUCUAGCUCGAUCUGCUGCUACGCCAAACGACGCAUCCAUCCCCGUCGACCUGACGGAUGAGUAGUUUAGGAUCUUUUGUUUUGCUUUUUGUAUUUCUUUUUGCCUUUUAUGUUAAUCAAACACUUGUACAAGAAUAUUCAUGAAAUACAACUCCAGUAUUUGU